AUGAAGUUCUUGUCCUUGGCAGCUGUUGCUCUCGCCACAUCGCACCUUGCUGAGGCCCACGAUGUCCGUACUCAACCCGGCGAACGCACGAGUCAUACCAAGGAGAGAGUUGGUAUUCCAAAGACCAAGACAGUAGGCGCCAUUGAAGAUCGAGGCGAAGCUAAUACGCGUGAGCAUACCACGACAAGGGUUGGAACUCCAAAGACUAAGACCAAGACCGCCGAACGUAUUGAUGACAGCCCUUCAUUGAUUGUGGGUGGCUCUUCAACAACUGUUGGUGAAUUUCCCUACUACGUGGACCUCGACGGUUGUGGAGGCUCGUUGAUUGCUCCUGGUGUCGUUCUUACCGCGGCCCACUGUGAACCUGAUCGAUUCUCUUAUGUCGGUAAAACUGUCAUCGUCGGAGGACACAAGCGUCAGCAAGUCACUGACAGCGCUGUAUCUGCUACUGUCACCAAGAGUAUCUCGCACCCACUGUAUAAUCCAAAUGACGAAUCCCUUGAUAUAAUGUUAAUUCAACUUGAUAUCCCAGUAGUGGCAACCGGGUCCAUCAGCCUUGCUUUGAAUGCAAAUAGCUCGUCUCCUGUAGAUGGACAAAUGUUGACUGUUGUUGGUAACGGGGAUACUCGAGAGGACGGCAAUCAGUCGGAUGAACUCUUGCAAGUAGACGUCCCGGCAGUCAAUACUGAUGUUUGCAAUGGGCCUUACGAAGGAGAUAUUGUAGAUGAAGUCAUGUUUUGUGCCGGUGGUGGAAGCCAAGAUUCAUGUCAAGGUGAUUCUGGAGGUCCCAUUGUCGUCCAGAGCGGAUCUACCCACACUCAAGUCGGUGUUGUAUCUUGGGGUAUAGGGUGUGCUCCGAAAGACUUCCCAGGUGUCUAUGCCCGUGUCAGCAGCGCCAUGAAUUUUAUUGCCUACGUCACAUGCAAUUGUUUUGGCGUGAACGAUCCAAGCAUUUGUAGUUCUUUGGAUCGUAAUGAUAACUUCUCGUGCGAUCAAAAUACUGGAGGCAGCUUUUCUGGCGGCAAUUUCACUGAACCUGAUUGCGAGCUCAUCCCUGGAUGGGCCGACGAGGAUAAUUAUGGUUGUGCCUGGUACGAGGAGCAGGAACUUGAUGAAAAUGUAAGGGCUUGCGAACAGUAUGCCAACAUAACAGAUAGCAAUGGCGAUACACCCGUCGAUGCUUGCUGUGUGUGCAACUACAUGCAAAGCUCUGGGUCGUCUAAUGGUACCAAUGGCUCUGGCGCUGAACCUCCUUGCGAGCUCAUCCCUGGAUGGGCCGACGAGGAUAAUUAUGGUUGUGCCUGGUACGAGGAGCAGGAACUUGAUGAAAAUGUAAGGGUUUGCGAACAGUAUGCCAACAUAACAGAUAGCAAUGGCGAUACACCCGUCGAUGCUUGCUGUGUAUGCGACUACCUGCAAAGCUCUGGGUCGUCUGGUGGUACCAAUGGCACUGGCGCUGAACCUCCUUGCGAGCUCAUCGCUGGAUGGGCCGACGAGGAUAAUUAUGGUUGUGCCUGGUACGAGGAGCAGGAACUUGAUGAAAAUGUAAGGGCUUGCGAACAGUAUGCCAACAUAACAGAUAGCAAUGGCGAUACACCCGUCGAUGCUUGCUGUGUGUGCAACUACAUGCAAAGCUCUGGGUCGUCUGGUGGUACCAAUGGCUCUGGCGCUGAACCUCCUUGCGAGCUCAUCCCUGGAUGGGCCGACGAGGAUAAUUAUGGUUGUGCCUGGUACGAGGAGCAGGAACUUGAUGAAAAUGUAAGGGCUUGCGAACAGUAUGCCAACAUAACAGAUAGCAAUGGCGAUACACCCGUCGAUGCUUGCUGUGUGUGCAACUACAUGCAAAGCUCUGGGUCGUCUGGUGGUACCAAUGGCACUGGCGCUGAACCUCCUUGCGAGCUCAUCGCUGGAUGGGCCGACGAGGAUAAUUAUGGUUGUGCCUGGUACGAGGAGCAGGAACUUGAUGAGAAUGUAAGGGCUUGCGAACAGUAUGCCAACAUAACAGAUAGCAAUGGCAAUACACCUUUCGAUGCUUGCUGUGUGUGCGACUACCUGCAAAGCUCUGGGUCGUCUGGUGGUACCAAUGGCACUGGCGCUGAACCUCCUUGUGAAAACAUUCCUGGAUGGACCGAUGUUACUGGUGAUGGUUGCGAAUGGUAUGAAUACUGGGAAUUGGAAGAAAAUGAACCGGUUUGUGAGGAUUAUUCUGAUGGCACAGAUGCUAAUGGCAUAUCACCCAUCGAUGCCUGCUGCGUUUGCGACUAUAUGGUCAGCUAA